ACGUGAUCGAUGCGCGCAGACACAAAAGAAAGAGAGAGAAAGAAAGAUAAAGAAGAAGAGAGAGAAAGAGAAAGAAGUUAGAGAGAGAAAGUACCGUUAUCGGACUUCAAAUCUUCAAUUCGCCGGAAUUUGGGAACAACCGUUGCGUCCGGAUUCUAGGGUUUUCUCUUUCCUUUCUUGGUUGUUUCUCAAUUUCGUUUCUUUUUGGUUCAACGAAGUUUCGUGGUGUGGUCACGACGAAUUCGUGAUUUUGAAGUUGAGUUAAUUUCGUUGCUGUUGAAGUUCAGAAUUCGGUUUACGUGGUGAUGUUUACGCCGCAGAGAUUGUGGUCAGGUCGGAACAACACGCCGAACAAGAGAGGGUCGGGUCACGAUUUGGGUGUGAUUUCGGGUGAAGGUUCGAAGGGGAAAGGUGUUGAAAAUGGUGGAAAUUUGGAUCGUGAGGUUUUGGUUGAGAGGGUUUCAAACCUUGAGAAAGAGCUUUAUGAGUAUCAGUUCAAUAUGGGGCUUCUCUUGAUUGAGAAAAAGGAGUGGAACUCUAACUAUAACGAGCUGAGUCAAGAUAUAGUGGAAGUCAAGGAUGCUCUUGAACAAGAAAAAGCAGCUCAUUUGUUUGCUCUAUCUGAGGCAGAGAAGCGAGAAGAGAAUCUACGGAAAGCCUUGGGUGUUGAGAAAGAGUGUGUGCUUGAUCUCGAGAAGGCUCUACGAGAAAUGCGUUCAGAGCAUGCAAAGAUUAAAUUUGCAGCAGACUCAAAGUUAGCUGAAGCAAAUGCUUUAAUAGCUAGUGUUGAAGAGAAAUCUUUAGAAGUAGAAGCCAAGUUACGCUCUGCUGAUGCCAAACUUGCUGAAAUCAGCAGAAAGAGUUCAGAGAUUGAUAGGAAAUCACAUGACCUGGAAUCUCAGGAAUCUGCACUUAGAAGGGAACGCCUGUCCUUCAUUGCAGAGCAAGAAUCUCAUGAAAGUACUUUGUCUAAGCAAAGAGAGGACUUACGGGAGUGGGAGAAGAAACUGCAGGAUGGAGAAGAAAGACUGGCCAAAGGUCAAAGAAUUCUCAAUGAAAGAGAGCAGAGAGCUAAUGAUAUUGACAAAAUAUGCCGGCAGAAAGAGAAGGACCUUGAAGAGGCACAAAAGAACAUUGAUGCAGCAAAUGUUACAUUGAGAAGCAAAGAAGAUGAUGUAAACAGCAGGCUUGCAACUAUAACUCUAAAUGAGAAGGAAUGUGAUUCUAUGAGAAUGAACUUGGAUUUCAAAGAGAAGGAGUUAUCUGCAUGGGAGGAAAAACUCAAUGCCAGAGAAAAAGUUGAGAUUCAGAAGCUUGUUGAUGACCACAGUGCUGCUCUUGAUGCGAAGAAGCAGGAGUUUGAGAUUGAAUUGGAAGAAAAAAGAAAAUCUUUUGAAGAUGGAUUGAGGGAUAGAUUGGUAGAAGUGGAAAAGAAAGAAGGCGAAGUCAGUCAUAUGGAGGAGAAGGUUGCAAAACGGGAGCAAGCCUUAGAAAAGAGAGCAGAGAAGCUCAAGGAGAAAGAGAAGGAACAUGAAGUCAAAGUCAAAGCUUUGAAGGAAAGGGAGAAGUCUCUAAAGUCUGAGGAAAAAGACUUGGGGAAAGAGAAGGGUCAAAUUGAAAGUGAGAGAGAGGAGUUGCUCAGUCUCAAGUCUGAAGUUGAGAAAUUAAGAGCUAACAAUGAAGAAGAGUUGUUGAGAAUUAAGGAAGAGACUAAUCGUCUUCAAGUGACUGAGGAGGAGAGGUCUGAAUACAUACGUUUGCAGUCACAACUGAAGCAUGAAAUUGAUCAGUACAGGCAACAGAAAGAGCUGCUGAUGAAGGAAGCUGAUGACUUGAGGCAGCAAAAAGAGACCUUCGAAAGAGAAUGGGAUGAGCUUGAUUUGAAAAGAGCAGAUGUGGAGAAAGAGCUGAAGAAUGUGCUUCAACAGAAGGAAGAAAUUUUAAAACUACAACAAAACGAAGAAGAGAGGUUAAAGAAGGAGAAGCAGGCCACAGAAGACUAUUUACAGAGGGAGUUGGAAACUCUUCAGCUGGCUAAAGAGUCAUUUGCUGCUGAAAUGGAGUUGGAAAAGUCAAGCCUAGCUGAAAAAGCUCAAAAUGAGAAAAACCAAUUGCUUUUGGAUUUUGAGAUGCGGAGAAAAGAACUUGAAGCUGACAUGCAGAAUCAGUUAGAGCAGAAGGAAAAAGACUUAUUUGAAUCGAGGAGGUUAUUUGAGGAGAAGAGAGAAAGUGAAUUGAACAAUAUCAAUUUCUUGAGAGAAGUGGCUAAUAGAGGAAUGGAGGAAAUGAAACAUCAAAGAAGUAAAUUAGAGAGGGAGAAACAAGAUGCAGAUGAGAAUAGAAAACAUGUUGAGAGACAAAGGAUAGAAAUGCAGGAGGACAUAGAUGUACUCGUCGACCUCAACAAGAAGCUGAAAAGUCAGAGGGAACAAUUUAUUGUGGAGAGACGUCGCUUUAUUGAUGUUGUAGAGAAACUUCAAAGUUGCCAGAACUGUGGAGAAAUGAUUUCUGAAUUUGUGCUGUCUGAUUUACAAUCUUCUGCUGACAUUGAGAAUUUAGAGGUGCCUUCUCUUCCAAAAUUGGUUGGUGAUAUUACACAGGGUGGUUCUGAUGUAAAUCUGGAUUCUUCUAGGCAAAACACUGGAGCAUCCCCUGCAACUGAUACAAAGUCCCCUGUUCCUGGUGGAACUGUCUCUUGGCUUCGAAAAUGCACCUCUAAGAUUUUCAAGAUAUCUCCCAUUAAAAAGAUUGAAUCUGAUGUUGAUAAUUUAAGGAGUGUGGAUACUUUGCCUUUUGAUAAAACUAAUGAAGAUUUGCCAGCAAAUGUUCCUGGCACUGAGAAUGAAGCAGAGUUGUCUUUUGCUAUCGCAGAUGAUUCUUUUGAUGUUCCAAGGGUACAAUCUGGCAAUGAUAUCACAGACACAGAGGUUGAAGCUGACCAUGAACCUUCUAUUGACAAACAGGGCAACAUUGACGCUACAGCGACAGAUUAUUUACAGCCUCCCAAUUCAAAGGCUGGACAGCAGAAACCUCGCAGAGGAGGGGGGGUAAGGGCCAGAGUGAAGCGCACACAAACUGUAAAAGCUGUUAUCAAAGAGGCUGAAGCCUUUCUUGGGGAAUCCAAAGCUGCUGAGGCAGUACCUGGGGAAUCUGUGGAUGAUCGUGAGACUGAUUUUCCAAAUGGAAUUGCUGAGGAUUCUGCCAACAUGGACUCUGAAAGUCAGAAACCACCUGAAAAAAGAACGGCGAAUUUGCGGAAGCGAAACCGGAUUCAAUCAUCUCAAGUUACUGCUAGUGGGCAUGAAGAUGAUCCCAGUGAAGGACAUUCUGAUAUACCAGGGAGACCCAAAAGGAGGCGUCAAAAGGCUGCUGCUCCUCCGGCGCAAUCUGCUGGUGAAACAAGAUAUAAUUUGAGGCGUCCCAAAACUGGUGCGACAACUUCAUCUGUUAGAGACGUGUCUGCUGGCGGCAAAGAAAGUGAGGGAGAGGUUGGUCGUGCAAAAGAUGCAGGAGUAAAUAUCCACUCAAAACCUUCUCAUUCACAUUCUGUCGGCAUUACCAAUGAGAAUGAGGACAGCAUAGACAUUGAUCAGUCUCAGAAAGCAGCAGAGACGCAUGAUGAUUAUGAUGAUACCACAACCAACAACCGGGCUUUGAGUGAGGAGGUGAACGGAACGGCAGAUGACGUGGAGGAUCAUGACACCGAGUACAGGAGUGAAUCCCGUGGAGAAGAUGCAGGCCGAGUUGACGACGACGACGACGAGGAGAUUGAUGAAGAUUACCAACACCCUGGUGAAACUUCAGUGGGGAAAAAGCUUUGGAAAUUUUUUACAACAUAACACUAGACCAGCUUUUUGUUAAAGAAGCUUUGGUUUGUGUUUUGACUUCAUCAACUUUAGAGAUGAUGUCAAAAGUUGUCUUGUAUUAACAACAACAAUGGAAUUAAUAGAUCUCUUAGUUAUAUAUAACCAUGGAGAGGUACUUAGGAAGGGUGAUUGAAUUUCUUUAGCAUUUUCAUUUCCUGUUUCUAUGGAUAUUUGGUAAACCUUUUGGGUGGACAGUGUAGUUCCUAGUUUAGUGAUUGGAAUUGUAGCCACAUCCUUUUGGAAAUUGAUUGUAUCCUAUUAUUUGUUUGUAUUUUGUUGCCUAGAAUGUGAUUGUUUGAAUUUAAGGAGGCUGCUAUCUCAUGUGACUUGGGGUGGCAAUUUGUGUUGUGA